UGUUCUAACUAACUUAAAGUAAAAACAGAAACUAAAAGUUAAACACAUUUUAUUGUUGUAGAAAUAUACAUUUUAUAAUAAUUAUUGUAAUGUAUGAAUACACUGAAUAUGAGAGUAUUUGUAAAAUAAGAUCAAUAUGAAUAGAAGAAAAAUAUUCAUAUAUAGAGUAUAUUAAAAAAGAUAUUCUGCAUUUGUCGUUAGUAUUAGUUUGGCGUUUUAGGAAUUACCUGUAGGCAUCCACACUGUGCUCUGCCAGCUGCAGUGUUGUUUGACUUUAGACGUGUUACUUGGGUGUGUUAAGCAUCAAGUCCUCAUGAAAAACAUCUCCUGGCUUAUCCGUGUAAUCCGCUUUUAGCGGCUUUCAGCCCGGAGCCUUAAUUCUCUCACGAGGAUGCUGAAAGAAGGGGUGGGGGCAGCGGUUUGGGUGCUGGAUUGAGACCCAUUUGUAAUUUAUAGUCUUGGAAAGGCUCCACACACCGUUUGGAAUCGGUGUAAAGUGAAAGUGAGCAUGAGCAGCUACUGUAAAUGGGAAUGUUUGCUUUUUGAAUGUGACCUGGGGUGAGGCGCAUGAGAGCAGGUGUACACAAAGAGCAGGUGAACACAAUAGAGAGCAUCGACCCACACGCGACUCAUCCAUCUCUUGUUGCUUCGCAGACGCGCACACAAAAGCCAUGUGCUGAUAGUGGCUUCCAAUGUCAGCUGCAGACCUCCACUUCUCUCUCUCUCUCUCUCUUUCUCCUUCUUUCAGCGGAUGCGGGCAUGUGAUUGGCUGCAGCCUCACUGGAGUGGAUGGGAGCGGGAUGCAGGAGGAGAGGUGGCUGCCAGGAAGCUGGGGAGGAUGCGUCUGUCGCCGACUCGAGCGCAACUUGCUGGAGAAAACAUGUUUGGGUGUCACUUUUGACUCUCCUCCUUCUCAUCACCUAUGGAGCAAGCUGCUUUUUAAAUGUAUUUCUUCUCAUAAACCUGCGUCCCGACAGUGGAUGGCCCCCGCUGAGCCCUCCUGCUGCGCCUGUGGAAUGAUGUGACCUCCCCGUUUCUAAAGUGGGGUGAAGAUGCCGGUGAUGAAGGGGCUGCUGGCCCCCCAGAACACCUUCCUGGACAACAUCGCCACUCGCUUCGAUGGCACCCACAGUAACUUCCUAUUAGGCAACGCUCAGGGCCACCGCGGCUACCCCAUCGUCUACUGCUCGGACGGCUUCUGCGAGCUGACGGGCUUUACCCGCACCGAGGUCAUGCAGAAGAACUGCAGCUGCCGCUUCCUGUACGGCGCUGACACCAGCGAGCACGUGGCCCAGCAGAUGGAAAAGGCUCUGGAGGGCCGGGAGGAGUACCAGGGCGAGGUGCACUUCUUCAGGAAGAACGGUGUAGCCUUCUGGUGUCUGUUGGACAUUGUGCCCAUAAAGAACGAGAAGGGCGAGAUGGUUCUCUUCCUCUUCUCGUUCAAAGACAUAACGGACAGCCACGGGAAAAGUCAUCACAACAGCAGGAGGGAAGUUUCAGAGGACAAGCGGCGCAGGCGGAAGGGCAGCUCUCACCUGAGCGAGGCCAGGAAGCGAGGGCGCACCAUGUUGUACCAGCUCACUAACCACUUCUCCAGCGGGGGCAAAGGGGAGGUCAACCUGGGCGGUAGCAUCAUUGACAAGCCCUCAGUACCGGAGUACAAGGUGGCGGCAGUGCAGAAGUCCCGCUUCAUCCUGCUGCACUACAGUGUGUCCAAAGCGCUGUGGGACUGGCUCAUCCUCCUCGCCACCUUCUACGUGGCCGUCACCGUACCGUACAACGUCAGCUUCACACCGUACCACGACACAGUGACGGCGGCGCGCUCCACCAUCGUGAGCGACAUUGCGGUGGAAAUGCUCUUCAUCAUCGACAUUAUCCUAAAUUUCCGUACCACAUUUGUGAGCCAGUCGGGCCAGGUGGUGUACCAGUCACGCUCAAUUUGCAUUCACUACGCCACGACUUGGUUCUUCGUGGAUUUGGUGGCCGCUCUGCCCUUCGACUUGCUGUAUGCCUUCAACAUCACAGUGGUCAGUUGCCUUCAACCAGUAAUGCCAACCUCGCUGGUCCACUUGCUCAAGACGGUACGUUUGCUGAGGCUCCUUCGCCUGCUCCAGAAACUGGACCGCUACUCGCAGUACAGCGCCAUGGUGCUGACUCUCCUCAUGUCUGUGUUCGCCCUGUUGGCGCACUGGAUGGCCUGCAUCUGGUACAUGAUUGGACGCAAGGAGAUCGAGACCAGCGACUCCUGGGACAUAGGAUGGCUCCAUGAGCUGGGCAAACGCCUGGAGAUGCCCUACGUCAACAACACGGUCGGCGGCCCGUCGGUGCGCAGCUCGUACAUCGCCGCCCUCUACUUCACCCUCAGCAGCCUGACCAGCGUCGGCUUUGGCAACGUGUGCGCCAACACGGACGCCGAGAAGAUCUUCUCCAUCUGCACCAUGCUCAUCGGCGCGUUGAUGCACGCCCUGGUCUUCGGGAACGUGACGGCCAUCAUCCAGAGGAUGUACUCGCGGCGCUCGCUUUACCACACGCGCAUGAAGGACCUGAAGGACUUCAUCCGCGUCCAUGGGCUGCCUCAGCAGCUCAAGCAGCGCAUGCUUGAGUACUUCCAGACAACGUGGUCGGUCAACAACGGGAUAGACGCCAACGAGCUCCUCCACGACUUCCCCGACGAGCUGCGGGCCGACAUCGCCAUGCACCUGAACAAAGACAUCCUGCAGCUGCCCGUGUUUAAGGGCGCCAGCCGAGGGUGCCUGCGCUCGCUCUCCCUCCACAUCAAAACCUCCUUCUGUGUCCCCGGGGAGUACCUCAUCCGCCAGGGCGACGCGCUACACGCCAACUACUUUGUCUGCUCCGGUUCUUUGGAGGUGCUGAAGGACGGCAUGGUGCUGGCCAUACUGGGAAAAGGGGACCUGAUAGGCUCUGACCUUCCUGGAACCGAUCAGGUGAUCAAGACCAACGCCGACGUGAAGGCCCUGACAUACUGCGACCUCCAGUACAUCAGCGUGCGCGGGCUGAGGGAGGUGCUGGACCUUUACCCUGAGUACGCCAGCGUGUUUGCCUCUGCCAUCCACAAUAACCUGACGUACAACCUCCGGGAGGGCAGCCAAGAUGAGGGCCUCAGCAGGUUUUCAAGAUCGCCAAGGAUCCUCCAUGAGCCCAGACUGACUCCUAUUGUUGAAACCAAGAGCGAGGUCCUGGACGACUCCUUCCAUCUUUCUCCGGCCACACGCUCCCGCCGUAACCUGCUGCUGCCCAGCCUGAGCAGCCCCGUCCGCCGCACGUCCCUUGGCAACCUCCUCGGCGACGAGCUGCGCCAGUUCAACGCCCUGCGACGCUGCCGCUCCCCCAACCUGAGCCGCGGCUUCCACGGUCAAAGUGCGUCGCCUCAGCCGCCCUCGAAGCGGGAGCACGCCGUCUCUCCGAAAGCGUCCGCUUCUUCCCACCGUGAGACGGGGACCGAGCAGAAGCCAUCGAAGCUGCUUAUCCCCACAGUCACCUGUUUUGGACCCCCUGACCUUAGUCCCAGGGUUGUGGACGGCAUCGAGGACAAUGGACACGCGUUCCAUUUCAAUGUGGAGCACACCGGGCCCAGAGCCAGAACAGGAAGCGCCAGCGGCACCCAAGAUUCCACGCGGGUCAAUUCUCUGCUUCUGGAAACCGAGGAGGUCCGGCAGAGUAUAAGUCAACUCCACCAAAAGGUGGGCACGCUAAACCAGGAAGUAUCGGAGCUCACCCAGGUCCUGCAGCACAUGAUGCAUCUCCUCCAAACCCACAUGUCCUCCACACAUCAAUACUCCUACCCUCUUAUCCAUCAGAUGGUGCCCAGGGCGCCCUCCUUCAACGCGGGCAGCCAUGACUCUCACAGCCUACCAAGUGUGCCCCCUUGUGCCCACUGGGGCCACCACGCCUCCAAGCCUCAUCCAGGGUUAGCCCAGCAUCACAGCUCCAGCUUGACCACGCCCCCUUGGACCGGCCCCUCCCUUCUUAGCACCAGAGGAGGUUUCCCAGGUGACAGCCCAAGCCUUGUACCUAACUCCGGACAUGCAGACCCCCUGGGCAGACCUCUCAGUGCGAGCCCGACCACCAUCAGUCAGUCCCAGCCCACUUUGUGCCUGCAGCCCCCCGCCGACGGCGACGAACGUUUUUGUUUUCGUACGAACUCAUCCACAGACAACCUCCUCGCUCCAUCCGCCACUUCCUCUUACCCUCUUCUCAACCUGCACACGCAUUCCCGUCCCAGUGCAGCCCAAACCCCACACGAGGACACGCGAGCGGAAGUCUCGCAUCUCCCUUUACUCCCGGAUUCCACCCCCUCCGUGGAACACGCCAGUCUGGAGUGCCUACUGGGGACUGGCAGGGACGCUGGGACGUCGCCAAGGCCCGGCAUCAGUGUCCAGACGCCGAGCACGGAUCACUCCUGAUGCCAGGACCUCACAUCAUACACAUCAGUUCAUACCGCUUCUAACAGUGUUUGGAAAUAAGCUUGCAGACCCCCUGAAGCCCACUUACUGUACAGUAAGUCCCCCAGGAUCUCAUGUUUGUCCAACUUCAUGCAGUAUUAGGGACACACACACACACCUUAAAAUACUACUUCUAGGAGAACAAUGCCAUUAUUACCACCUAAAUAUUUACAUUGCUGACAGUAAAGUAGUUAUAUUAUGAGAGUUAAAUGAGUAAAAACAUAAUAUCGCAAGAAAAAAAAUGGUAAUUUAAAACUUAAAAUUAUAAAGUAAAAAAACUAGUUUAAAUUUUAAAAUAGUUGCAAUAAUAUAAAAAGUAUGAUUUAACAAGAGUAACGUUUUUAUAGUAUGUGGAAAAAAAUUACUUUUACAAGAAUGUCAUUAUUUUGGACAAUAAAGCAAUAUUAGAAAAAACGUUUGUAAUGUUACAAGACGAAAGUCAUAAUUUUACAAGAAUAAUGUUGUAGCAUUAAGAGAAAAACUCAUUUUCUGAGAAUAACGUGGUAAUAUUAAGAGAAAAAAGAUGUCAUUUUACAGGAACAAUGUCAGAAAAUUAUGUGGGAAAAAAAAUAAUUUUACAAGAAUAAAGUCAUAAUUUUACAAGAAUAAUCUUGUAGCACUAUUAGAAAGAUUCAUAAUUUUCAGAGAAUAAAGUGGUAAUAUCACGACAAAAAAAGGUGUAAUUUUACAAGAAAAAUGUCAGAAUAUUAUAUGACAAAAACCAAUAAUUUCACAAGAAUAAAGUCAUCAUUUAACAAGAAUAAUCUUGUAGUACUAUUAGAAAGAGUCAUAAUUUUCCGAGAAUAAAGUGGUAAUAUCACGACAAAAAAAGGUGUAAUUUUACAAGAAAAAUGUCAGAAUAUUAUGUGACAAAAACUAAUAAUUUCACAAGAAUAAAGUCAUCAUUUUACAAGAAUAAUCUUGUAGUACUAUUAGAAAGAUUCAUAAUUUCCCGAGAAUAAAGUGGUAAUAUCACGACAAAAAAGGUGACAUUUUACAAGAAAAAUGUGAGAAUAUUAUAUGACAAAAACUAAGAAUUUUACAAGAAUAAAGUCAUAAUAUUACAAGAAUAAUCUUGUAGUACUUACCAUUAUAAAGAUUCAUAAUUUUCUGAGAAUAAUGUGGUAAUAAGAGGAAAAAAAGGUGUCAUUUUACAAGAAAAAUGUCAGAAUUUAUAUGACAAAAACUAAUCAUUUUACAAGACUAAAGUCAUAAUUUUACGAGAAUAAUCUUGUAGUACUAUUAGAAAGAUUCAAUUUUCCGAGAAUAAAGUGGUAAUAUCACGACAAAAAAAGGUGUCAUUUUACAAGAAAAAUGUGAAUAUUAUAUGACAAAAACUAAGAAUUUUACAAGAAUAAUGUCAUAAUUUUACAAGAAUAAUCUUGUAGUACUUACCAUUAUAAAGAUUCAUAAUUUUCCAAGAAUAAUGUGGUAAUAAGAGGAAAAAAAGGUGUCAUUUUACAAGAAAAAUGUCAGAAUAUUAUAUGACAAAAAACUAUUAAUUUUACAAGACUAAAGUCAUAAUUUUACACGAAUAAUCUUUUAGUACUAUUGGAAAGAUUCAUAAUUUUCUGAGAAUAAAGUGGUAAUAUUAAGACAAAAGAAUAAUUUUACAAGAAAAAUGUCAGAAUAUUAUAUGACAAAAAUUAAUAAUUUUACAAGAAUAAAGUCAUAAUUUUACAAGAAUAAUCUUGUAUUACUAUUAGAAAGAUUCAUAAUUUUCCGAGAAUAAAGUCGUAAUAUUAAGACAAAAAAAGGUGUAUUUUUACAAUAAAAAUGUCAGAAUAUUAUGUCAAAAAAAAACAACCCUGAUAAUUCUACAAGAAUAAAAUCAUAAUCUUAAUGUUGUAGUAUUAUGAAAAAUCUCAUAAUUUACUGAGAAUAAAAUGGUAACAAGAUGAAGGUCACAAUUUUACAGGAAUAAAGUGGAGAAAAACUGUUAACAGGAAACAGGAAAAAAGUAGUCAUUUUACACAAAUAAAGUCAGAAUAUUUGGAGAAAAAAAUUGAUACAAACACAAUAAAAAUAACUUUGAGGUAAUAUUAGAAAGUUAUAUAAAUUUAUGAUAAUUAAGUCCGAAUAGUAUGAGGAAAAAAAGUUAUUUUAUUACAUUAAUAAAGUUUUAGUUACAUGAGGAAAACUUGGGAAUAUUUAGAGAAAAUAAAGUCAUUAUUUUUCACCCAUAAAGUUAGAAUAUUAUAAGAACACAAAACAUUUUCCCUGUAAAAACAUAACAUGAUGUUUUUCCUCAUAUUAGAUAUGUGUGUGGCCCUAAUACUCCUCCUGUGUAGUUUUGAGCAUUCCUAUGCAAAAGGCAUGUUGUUUUUUUGUGCAUUAUCUCAACUUUUACCGACUCGUGUCUAAACUUUAGCAUAUUUAGCGUGUUACCUCCUUGCAUGGUAAAAUAUUCUUUUUCCUAAGGAAAAGGUUUGCAAAAAUCAAUGUGUAAGCAUUCUAGACGACAAGCUAAGAUGAUUGUGUGUUCUUGCAACACAGCGUACAUGUUUGUCGGAUUUGUAAAGUGACUGAAUCAUGAAUUCAAUAAAACCCAACCAAGGCAAAUUAGAUCACUUUCAUUUCCAAAACUCUCAAUGCCUCUUUUUGUGCAGCAAAAAAAGAAAGUGCCACAUGUUGUGUGCUUUCGUGGAAAAAGCUCAAAAAUGCUAAAUCUUUGAAUGCACGUUAUCCCUUCUAAAGAGCAAAAGUGUCAUGACUGACUCAAGCUGAUUAUAUAAGCCAACAUUUCAUCUACUUGUCGCCUAAAUCCAAGUUGUUAUGAGUUAUUGAAGCAGUGUCACACUCUCUAUUACAUUAUUUUUAAAGUUCUACAGUUCAGGGAGCUUGAGAAUUGUUUAUUUGUUUUCACAGUGUGGAUUACACUGUGAUUUUUUGCUUGCAUUUAUUGUGUAAUAAUGUGACCUUUCGUCACUCAGCAAGUUAAUGAUAAACUUGAUUUUAUGCAGUACUAUUAACUUAUUGGUUGGUAUAAAGAGGAGCCAGCUAGGGGCUUCACAUCCAGAAUACACUUUCAGACCAACAACAUCUUUAAGACUCGUGUCAUCAAGCAACAUGAAGACUGUCGUACUUGCUCUACUGGUCGUUUUGGUUGUCAGUCAGGGUGAAGCCCUGAGGUGUAACUGUGGAGGUCGGCGUCAUUGUUCCCAAGGAAACGUGGAGACCUGCUCCGUCCAAGACGACGCAUGUUUUCAUGUUAAUUUUUUUGGUUCCUCUUCCAUCCACUCUAAGGGCUGCAUGACAAUGGCCGAGUGCCAGAGAAUGAAUCGACCUGGCGUCGUCGUUGGCUGUUGCACCUCUGACCUGUGCAACUGACCAAUUGACACCUGACACAUCAAUAAAUAGAUGGAUGUUUACAAUAGGUUAAGGUUUGUUUCACAUAUGUUUAACAAUUUGUAUUAAUGAACAUUAAAUGUGAUUGUAAGUGGGA